UUGGUUUUUUUAUUGGGACAGCAAUACAAUCUUGCAAUACACUUUGCAAACAAUAUUUAAAAGAUAAAAACCUGACCACAGUAGACAAUUGCUACACAAUGCUACACAAAAACAAAUUUUCUGCAUUCCAUUGAAAACAUAAAUAAGGCACCUCCAAAUGACGACUUAACAUGUGGCCAUAUGUCAUACAUUUAGACAUGUUUAUUCAUUUAUCUUAUUGGCGCGACAAAUGCUUUCAGUUUCAUUCAAGUGCGUAAUUCGUCUUCAAUUUGCCAUCGUUCCAAUCGACCAUUACACAAAAAGGAUGCAUAUUCAUCAGGGACAAAUUGCUGUAAAUGAAAAGGAAUUAAAUUUGGAUUUGACACUAUUGGGAGGCCAGAGUUUUAGGUGGGAAAAGUUAGAUGGCCCUGAUUGUAAAACUACAUGGAAAGGUGUUGCAUAUAAUGCAUAUUGGGAACUAACACAAGGUCCCAAAAACUUGCAUUACACAGUUCAUGGCGAUUCGAGAGGAAGCAACGAUGCCAAUUUCUAUGACAAAUUAUUGAAGCGUUAUUUGAGAUUAGAUUUUGAUUUGAAUGAAAAUGUCAAUGAGUGGCGUAAAUUGCAUCCGCACUUUGAAGAACUUUCAACAAAACUAAAGGCGGUACGUGUCCUGGAUCAAGAGCCAUUGGAGAAUAUACUGUCAUUCAUAUGUAGCCAGAAUAACAACAUUAAGAGAAUAUCGACCAUGAUAGAGUGGCUCUGUUCGAGGUAUGGCAAUAAGAUUGGACACUUUCAUGCCAAAGAUGUAUACACAUUUCCGUCCCUUGAGUCCUUGGUGGAGCAUCAAGAUGAGAUGGAAAUCCAAUUGCGUCAAGCCAAAUUUGGAUAUCGAGCUAAAUUCAUAGCACAAUCCGUUGCAAAAAUAAAUGAAUUCGGUGGUACAAAAUGGUUUGAAAAUCUACGAAAAUUGUCGUACCAUGAAGCUCGCACAGAAUUAGUGAAAUUGCCUGGUAUAGGAUUUAAAGUGGCCGAUUGUAUUUGCCUUAUGUCGUUGAAUCACUUGGAGUCGGUACCAAUUGAUACGCAUAUUUUCAAAAUUGCCCAAAGUGUAUAUAUGCCACAAUUAAAGAAUGUCAAAGCCGUUACUCCUAAGAUCUACGAAGAAAUUGCGGAGAACUUUCGAAAUAUUUAUGGACCCUAUGCUGGAUGGACGCAGGCGGUCUUAUUCUGCUCCGAAUUGCAACAAUUCCAAACAGAAAAGGGUGUUGAAAAAUCGCCGAGCAAAACCAACAAGAAACGAAAGAAGUGAUGUACAAUAUGAUUUACGCCUGCUUCCAUCGCACUUAUCGCUCAUUUAUUUGCAGUACUUUUACCCAUAUUUUCCAUGUAUAAGGCAAUUGGAAACAUGAUAUGCAAUUGAAGUGAUGUGGCUUCCGGAGUACCCUGUAACGAAAAUGUAAAAUAUAUAUUUAUUAUAUAAGUAUUUUUAAACAAAUGUUAAAUAAACAAUAUUCUUUUUAAUCAAUA